AUGGGGCACAAAGGAUUUUCGGUCGCAGUCCUGGUUUGCAGCGUUUCUUUCUUUCUUCUUACACUGCACUCCGCCUAUGGAGACGUGAGCUAUUCUUUUCCCGAGGAGAUGAAACGCGGAUCUGUUAUUGGAAAUAUAGCCAAGGAUCUGGGGUUGGAGGCGAGCAGACUCUCCGCUCGUAAGGCCCGAAUUGAUACCGAAGGGAACCGCAAACGUUAUUGUGACAUUAAUCUGACUAGUGGUGAUUUGAUUGUUACCGAAAGAAUUGACAGAGAGGAGCUUUGCGGAGAAAAGGUGUCAUGCCUUCUGAGCUUUGAGUUAGUCCUAGAGAAUCCUCUUGAGUUGCAUCGCAUAUCACUUCAAAUACAAGAUGUCAAUGACAAUUCACCCAUAUUUCCGAAGGAUACAAUUAAACUGGACAUCAGAGAAUCAGCUGACAAAGGAGCUCGCUAUCGUGUGAACGCUGCUCAUGACGCAGACAUAGGACAGAAUGCAGUUCAAAGUUACGUGCUACAAAGGAAUAAUCAUUUUGUGUUGAGUGUUCAAACCACUUCUGCAGGUAGCAAAUACGGCGAGUUAGUGCUUGACAAAGAAUUAGACCGUGAGAAGCAGCAGGAAUUACAAUUAUUGAUCACAGCUGUGGACGGGGGCACUCCGCAGAGAUCAGGUACUGUAGUCAUACACGUCACUGUACUAGAUGCAAACGACAAUGCCCCAGUGUUUAGCCAAGCCGUCUAUAAAGCCAGUCUGCCCGAAACAUCUCCUUUAGGUACACUAGUUGUUACUGUGAGCAGUACUGAUGCAGAUGAAGGAGUGAACGGCGAAGUAAUGUAUGAAUUCAGUCGAAUGUCUGAUAAGGCAAGGAAAAUGUUUACAUUGGACCAGAAAACGGGGGACAUUACAGUGAUAGGGGAGUUAGACUAUGAAGAGGAAUCAAAAUAUGAAAUGUUUGUGGAAGGAAAAGAUGGCUAUGGCCUUUCUUCAGACACUAAAGUGAUAAUAGACAUUACAGAUAUAAAUGACAACGCCCCAGUGAUAUAUCUGAAAUCUUUGACUAACCCCAUACCUGAGAACGCGUCACCUGGUACAGAGGUGGGCAUCAUUAACGUGCAGGAUAGAGACUCUGAAAAUAACCGACAGGUCCGCUGCUCCAUUCAGCAAAACGUUCCUUUUAAGCUGGUGCCAUCCAUCAAAAACUACUAUUCUCUGGUGACCACGGGCGAACUGGACCGCGAACUAGUGUCUGAUUACAACAUUACAAUCAUUGCCACCGACGAGGGCUCUCCGCCUCUGUCCUCCUCUAAAAGUGUUCAGUUAUCUGUAGCUGACGUCAACGACAACCCACCUGUGUUUGAGGAACAGUCCUAUAGCGCCCACGUGACUGAAAAUAACAAACCAGGCUCCUCCGUGUGUUCCGUUACUGCUCGAGACCCAGACUGGAGACAGAACGGCACAGUGAUUUACUCUCUCUUACCCGGUGAGUUGAACGGUGUCCCAAUGUCCUCGUUUUUAUCCGUUAAUGGAGACACGGGGGUGAUCCACGCUGUGAGGUCGUUUGAUUAUGAACAGUUCAUGAGAUUUAAAGUCCAUGUGAUGGCCAGAGACAAUGGUUCUCCUCCGCUCAGCAGCAACGUCACAGUCAGUGUGUUCAUAACGGAUGUGAAUGACAACUCUCCUCAGAUACUGUACCCCGCCCCUGAGGGGAACUCUUUCAUGACCGAGCUGGUCCCCAAAGCUGCACACGGGGGCUCUCUGGUUUCCAAGGUGAUAGCGGUGGACGCGGACUCCGGCCAGAACGCCUGGCUGUCCUAUCAUAUAGUCAAAUCCACUGAUCCGGGACUUUUCACUAUUGGUCUCCACAGCGGAGAGAUCAGGACACAGCGGGACAUUUCUGAAUCUGACAGCAUGAAACAGAACCUUAUUGUGUCAGUAAAAGAUAACGGACAGCCCUCUCUCUCUGCGACCUGUGCCAUGUAUUUAGUGAUUUCUGAUAACUUGGCUGAAGUGCCAGAACUGAAAGAUAUAUCUUAUGAUGAGAGCAAUUCCAAACUCACCUCUUAUCUGAUCAUCGCGCUGGUGUCCGUCUCCACCUUUUUCCUCACCUUCAUUAUUGUCAUCCUGGCCGUGAGGUUUUGCCACCAUAAAAAGCCUAGACUGUUGUUUGACGGAGCGGUCGCUAUUCCCAGUGCUUAUCUCCCGCCCAACUACGCAGAGGUGGAUGGAGCUGGAACUCUCCGCGGCACUUACAAUUAUGACGCCUACCUGACGACCGGGUCACGCACUAGUGACUUCAAGUUCGUCAGUUCCUACAAUGACCACACGCUGCCCGCGGACCAGACUCUGAGAAAAAUUCCAACAGACUUUGCUGAAGAACAUGACGAUUCUGAUGGAUCAGCCGAGGUAGGCCUUUCCUGCAAAUAG